AUGUUUUUCUUCCUAAUUUCACUUCAGAAAAAUAAGACUGAGAGAAAAUACUACCCCUCACGAGUAAAAUAUUUUUUCUGUCCUAAAAAAAGAGAAACACCAACUUUAAUUACUCGUCAGACUUACAGUUGUUGUGAGGGGUACCAAAACAUUACAGGGAUAUGUACAAAAAUACCUUGUAACUCUACUACAUAUGGUGACAACUGCACAUUGACAUGCCCAUGCGUAGCCGAAAAUUACGACAGGUGUGACAUGAAUGGAACCUGUUCUUGUUUACCGGGAUGGAUUGGCGAUAAUUGCUCAGAAUCAUGUGAAGCAGGAAAAUACGGGGCAAGCUGUCAAAGGAAUUGCUACUGUGAAAAUAACGCUACAUGUAAUCACAUUACCGGAAAGUGUGACUGUUCUUCAGUGAAAGGAUGGACAGGGGAUAUAUGUGAAGACGAGUGUCCAGAUGGUUUUUAUGGACCCGACUGUUCAGUACCGUGCAACUGUUCAGACUUUCACGAUCCUAAGUGUCACCCAUUAUCUGGUUUAUGUGUCUGUAAAAGUGGAAAGAGAGGUGAAAACUGCUCCUUAGAGUGUGGAGAGUAUAGUUUUGGACCAAACUGUGAGGAUACAUGUGACUGUACUAGGAACAAUUCCUGGAAAUGUAACUCCUCAAAUGGUGAUUGUGAAUGCAAAGCAGGCUGGGUUGGAGAUAAAUGUGAGCAAAGAUGUGAUCCUUUCCAUUUCGGGGAUAACUGCAGCAUAAAUUGUCCAUGCAAAGCCACACACAUUUGCGAUAAUAUAAAUGGGACAUGUUCUUCAGCAAAUAUCUGCUUUUCGGAAUUUUCCUUAAACUGUUUAUCCUCCUUCACUCAGACGUGUGAGGUGUUAAAUGAGAACUGUACCGAUAGCGACGCUCCUGAACCGUCUCUAAUAAAAGACAUGCUGGAUAUAUGCUGUGAGACGGAGAAUUCGCUGAACAUCUCCCUCUGUAUAGCGGAGGGAGAUUGUAAUUGUAGAUCCGAUUAUGGUGGCAAAGCUUGUAACGAAACUGUUUUGCCCGAGAACAUCAAAGGUACUGACCAGCAGAAACCUAAUGGAGUGUCAUCAGUUGUCGUUGCCAUAGUGAUUGUAAUCUCGGUUCUUGUAACAGCAACUGUAGUCGUGAUUGCUAUGUUAUGGAAAAGGAAAGGCGGCCUUAAUAAAAAACAGCAAAACAACAAAAGUAUCCACAAUCAAGGAUAUGGAAACACUGUCUUGGACAAUGUUGAAGGCCAAAGACCAGAACAUAGACCACAAGAUGAAAACCAGUCGGAAAUGUAUACUUUAAAUCGAGGUGAUGUUAACAAUUACAAAUAUGACGUUUCUGUAAGUGAUUCCAGAAAUAAGAAAGACAAAAAUUAUUCUACUACAAGCUUUGGGGAGACAUAUGAUCAUCUAGAGCGAAAUAGUUCCAACAGUUCAAACAACAGAGAAGACACAUAUUCUCACGCCCAGCAAAAUAGUUCCAACAGUUCAAACAACAGAGACGACACAUAUUCUCACGCUCAGCCGGCUGUUGUAGACGAAUAUGAUACAGCCGGGAGUCAUCGUGUACCCUCAGACAGUGUUUAUGAUCAUACUGACACUCAACUAUACAGCAGUAAUACAACUGAUCCCAAAGUACAGGGUACCAGUGCAGAUGAUGAAUAUAUCUUAGGAUAACUUUUUAGAUGCAAUCAUCUUGGAGUAUUAAUUUUUAAAUGGUAAUUGAUGACAGAUUUGAGAAGAAAGGCAUGAAAAUAAUUUAUAUUUAAUUCUUUGAUCAAUAAACAUGUUAUGCACUAUUUAACUUAAUUCAUUUCUUAAGUUUCAUCAUUUCCAACCUGUGACAUUUUGAUAACUUACAUUUCUUUAACUAGUAAUCUUACAAGACAAGGCUUCUAUAACAAUACUUGGGAAAAUCUGAACUGCAAAUCUUCUAAUGUUGUCUACAGAAUAGAAUGUAAUCUUUG